AUGGUAAGGGAGAACAAAUGUUGUAUACAAAACUGUCCAGGGUUACAUAAAUCUAGGUUUAGCAUCCCAGAACGUUCCUUCAAUGAAUGGCAAGAAGCAAUUGGAACAUCUUUAACCAAAAGAUCAAGAAUUUGUGGAGCUCAUUUUUCUAAAAAUGAUAUUCACGAUACUUGGACUUCCGGUGAAGGGUCAAAUCAGUAUUCGAUAUGCUUAAAAAAGCCAAGAUUAAAAGAUGGAGAAGUUCCUAAAUUACUUUUAAAUGGAAAUGCUGGAAAUGUUGAUACACCCAUCACUCUCAAUACCUCAAGUAGUUUUAAUGUUGAACCUAGUAUUUACUCUGCUUCAGAAGUUGUUGAAAUCAAUCAGGUUCAAAAAUUAUUUUAA